ACUUUUGAUGCUUAAGCUAGAAACAUAUGUUUCUGCCAUCCACAUUCAUUGAAUAUCCAUCUGCCCUCUUUAAUGUGUACUACUCUGACUCUUCCACUGCAGGUUCACUUUCUCAGCUGAACGUUUGUGGACAGGCCCCUCUAAACAGUCGUAUUGUGGGUGGUGUGGAUGCAUUUGAGGGUUCAUGGCCAUGGCAGGUCAGUCUGCAGAGCUCCAACUUUGGAGGUCACUUCUGCGGAGGCUCCCUGAUCAACAGUGAAUGGGUUCUGACAGCAGCUCACUGCUUACCUGGUGUCACCGCAUCCAGUCUGCUUGUAUACCUGGGAAAGAGGACACAGCAGGGAGUCAAUACCUAUGAAAUCAGUAGAAAUGUCAUCUCCAUCAUCGUUCACCCCUCCUACGACAGUCAAACCAGCGACAACGACAUCGCUCUGCUCCGUCUCUCCUCCGCAGUCACCUUUAAUGACUAUAUAAAACCCGUGUGUCUGGCGGCACAGGGCAGCGUCUUCGCUUCUGGCACCAGCAGCUGGAUCACAGGCUGGGGAGAUAUUCAGUCUGGAGUGAGUUUGCCUGCUCCUGGGAUCCUGCAGGAGACUAUGGUUCCAGUGGUGGGUAAUGAUCAGUGUAAUACUCUUCUGGGUUCUGGAUCUGUUACCAGCAACAUGAUCUGUGCUGGUUUAACGGAAGGAGGCAAAGACACCUGCCAGGGGGACUCUGGAGGUCCAAUGGUGAGCAAGCAGUGCUUGGUGUGGGUUCAGUCUGGUGUCACCAGCUGGGGUUACGGCUGUGCCGAACCCAACACUCCUGGUGUUUACACCCGCGUGUCACAGUAUCAGAGCUGGAUCACCAACACCGUCGGCCAGAACCUUCCUGGAUUCGUCAUUUUCAACCCUUCAAACACAUGCCCAACUGUUUCUACAGCCUCACCUGUUACUGCAACCUCAACUACUUCUACUGCAUCGCCUGUUUCUACUACCUCAACUACUUCGACUACCUCACGGGCUUCUACUACUUCAAGAACACCUACUACUUUCAGACCUCCACCCAAUCAGACCUCAAUCUCUUGUCGCAGAAGAUGUGGUGAGAGAUUUGACAUCCGCAACCGCUGCAACUGCAAUCCUCGCUGCCGCAUAAACUGCUGUAGAGAUUAUGAAAGGCAAUGCAAGUCUCAGAGGACCAAAUUAAACACUGACAUCCAUUCUUCUGACGAACAGAGGGACUGUGUGAAGAUGUGGAGAUUAAUGUGUGUCACUUUGACCCUGCUCCUGUUUGCCAAAGGUUCACUUUCUCAGUUGAAUGUUUGUGGACAGGCCCUACUAAACUCCCGUAUUGUUGGCGGUGUGGACGCACCUGAUGGGUCGUGGCCAUGGCAGGCCAGUCUGCAGAGGUUUGGAUAUCAUUUUUGUGGAGGCUCCCUCAUCAACAAUGAAUACGUGCUGACGGCAGCUCACUGUUUACCUGGGGUCAGUGCAUCCAGUCUGCGUGUGUAUUUGGGAAGGAGGACACAGGAAGGAUCCAAUUCCAAUGAAGUCGUCAGAACUGUGAGAACGAUAAUCGUGCACCCCUAUUACAACAGCAACACAAAUAACAACGACAUUGCUCUGCUCCGGCUGUCCUCCACGGUUACCUUUAAUAACUACAUUAGACCCGUGUGUCUGGCGGCCCAAAGCAGCGUCUUCAGUGCUGGCACCAGCAGCUGGAUCACAGGCUGGGGAGAUGUUCAAGCUGGAGAGAGUUUACCUUCCCCUGGGAUCCUGCAGGAGACUGUGGUUCCAGUAGUGGACAAUGUUCAGUGUAAUAAUCUUCUGGGUUCAGGAUCUGUUACCAGCAACAUGAUGUGUGCUGGUUUACUACAGGGAGGCAAAGACACCUGCCAGGGUGAUUCUGGUGGUCCGAUGGUGAGCAGGCAGUGUGCAAUGUGGGUUCAGUCUGGUAUCACCAGCUGGGGUUAUGGCUGUGCCGAUCCCAACUCUCCAGGUGUUUACACCCGCGUGUCUCAGUAUCAGACUUGGAUCACCAGCAAAAUCGGAACAAACUUGCCGGGAUUUGUCACCUUCAACCCCCCAAUCUCAUGCUCUCCUGCCAGCCUAAACUCAACCUCCUGUAAGGGCAGAUGCAAUGAGAAGUACAACAGCACCUUCCACUGCAACUGCAAUACUAACUGCAAUACAAACUGCUGCACAGAUUACCAACAGCGUUGUGCCAUGUGAGGUAUGUCAUACUUCCAUGGAUUAUUUAUAAGCAGGGUUAAUCACGUCACUUGCACAUAAAUCAGAUGAUCUUUAUCUGCCUGUUCUGCAAGGAGAUUUUACUUCAGUGCUGCUUUGGAUGCAUUGCGCAGUCAGAAACGAGCAUCAGUACAAACAGCAUGUCAAAGAACUAAAUGCAUAUUAUAUUCAACAUAUGUUUAACAACAGCACUUACCUCACUCCAUUAGUAAAAUCCUUGUCUCUUUUGUUUUCUCUUUCUUGUUCUAGCAUGUAACCAACAAGAUUAAUUGUAGGCACAAGCAACUUUUUUUUCCCCUUCAUUUAGUAUUUGCACUUUUCUUCUUUAAAAAAUGUGAUAUAAUUAUCUAAUAUUUAUAAUUGAUUUUUUCAUUUGUGAUUUCUGCUGACAAAUAAA